AUUAAUAUGGAUUUGCCAUCUGAAUAUUGGGCUAGGUAACGCAUAUAUAUUACAAAUGCAUGGAUGUAGUCAUGUAGUAUUAUUUGAAAUCAUAGCAACAUGUCUUGCAAGGGAGAGGUUGCGCUACGAUUGGAGGAAGUAUUGCUUCUCUUACCUUCAAAUCUCUUCAACGAGAUUUUUCAUGACUGCAACGGUCCAUUUCCACAGAGGUAUAGAGGAGGUAGCUACAAGGAUCGGAAGCCAAGGAUAUGGUACGCGUCGAACUACGGUUCCAUGAAAAAGCAAAGCGAUGAUGCUAGUUCUGCUCCAUUAAAGCCACGUGGCACUGGAGUGUUUCUUCCUGCGAGACCGGUGAGUAGCCCAGAAGAGAAGAGACCGCAGAAGAAGACAUGCCCCAUCAUCUCAUCUCGUUCCAAACAAGUUUUUCUUCCUAAGGAAUGGGCUUAUUAGUAAAAAGAAUUUUAUUGUCCCUGUGUAUUAGUGUAUACUAUUACAAGGCUAAACACACAAAAAUAAGUUUAAAUGUCCGUCUCUAGAGUUGGGACCUAUAGAUUAGUAUUGGGGAAGGUUUGAUGUUCACGCCAUACCAGUUAACAAUACAAAAGUUAGCUUCAGUUCUCGAAGACAAACAUAUGUAUAUCUAUCCAAAUGACCAGAAGAUGAAUAAAGGAUGAUUUGAAAAAGGUAUGUUUCCAU